GACAGCCAUGGUUUCCUUAACUUCUAAUAGUCUACAUAUUAUAUUUGAUUGCGUCUUUGUUGGUUUCUUGUUCCUUGUCUUUUCGGGAAAGCGAUGAUUUCCUCUUUCCAGAUUGAGAACUUGUCUAUGCUUCUGGUAAUGCAAAAAUAUGUAAUCUUAAGUCAUGGCCGAUUGCCGCCCUUUUUAAAUUUGCCAAUGCCACACAUCACUUUUUGUUUGCUUUACCUUUCAUAAAACCUCCCCGUGAGGAGAAGGAACUGAUUCCUUAUCAAGCCAUGACUUACUUUCUGCAGGCAUUUUAUUUCCUUCACCACCUUCUUCCUUAUUCUUCCACCUUUCACAGCAAUGGAGGACUGCAACAUGCUGGUAGCUGAUUGUAUUGUCAUAUGUUGCUGCAGCCAAUGCUUGAUUCUCCAAAUGGUCAUCUUCGUCUUGCUCAAACUUCCUUGCAAACUAAUUCGGAAAACGAAAGGAUAUGCUAAGAAGAAACUUGGACGGGGGCGAAAGGGGAGGCCGAGGACUGAGAGGGUAAAGGGUGGAUUCCACGAUGAGGCUGUAGAAAUACACAGGAGUUCCGUACGUAUAGAAAUACCAGAAGGUCUUGCCAGUACUGGUGGUGAAGGCCAUGGCUUUGCAUGUUGUAUAGAGGAGGCUGAGAAGGUGUUGGAAGAGUUGUCUGAGAAAGGAGAGUUUGCAUUCGGAAGCUUUUGGGGCAGAUGAGAGACAUCAUCAGGGAAUGUCCUCAUCAGGUGUAGCCAAUCAAUCAGGGCUUUGAUUGACAGUAUUAAUUUUUGUACAGUGUGAUGAAUCAACUGAAAAUGGUUCUUUGGGGUGCAUGAGACCGAAAAAUGUGCUUUAGAUUUUGAUUCAGGGCGGCAGGGGUAACACUAGCAAUGUGUGCUAAAAACCAAAAUACCUGUUUCCAGGAUGCAAUUUUACCUCAAGCAAGCAGUGCCCCUUCACUCGCUUAAGGAUGCAAUUUGGGUAGCCAGGCUUAAUCAGGUAAGAUGAGAUAAAAGCAUUUCUUCAUCUUUUGACAUGAUGAAACAUAUUUUAGCACUAAAGUUAUCCAUAAGCAGAACAAGGUUGCAUAUUGUUUGAGAAGCAAAGGGUGAUAAAAUAAUUAAACAAGAUUAAAGUUUGGAAGAAAGACGCCGGUGGGGUCCAAUAAUUGUCCCAGCGCAUGCAUGUGUGUGCUCUCACGAGUUGAACUUUAAGACAAAACAGACAGCAAUGGUAU